AUGUCGUCUCAGACCCCACCGCGCCCGCACAUCAGCAGUGGGCUUCUGGACUCGAUCAAACACCUCCCGCCACUGAUCUCUCUCACUGACGAACAUUUCCCUCGUUGGUCGCUUGAGCUGAAGCAGAUCCUGAAGGUUGUGGGCCUGUGGCAGUAUGUUAUCGGCAAAACCAGCGACAAUCGUCUUAGCGUUGUCGUUUGGCCUUUUGACAACAUCGUGGACGAGAUUCGCUGCAAGCGGCUUCAAGCAAGUGGACUCAUUCUGAUGGCGAUGAAGCCUGAAUUGAGAAAACAUUUCACAAACGAAAGAUACGACGACCCUACCGAGCUGUGGACGUCGCUCAAGAGUCUCAACGUGGACGUCAUGAAGCUCUACAAGAUACCGCCGCAGAUUGCGAUACCAGUACCGGUCCGAGCCACUCCCGCCGAGGUACAGGGGCACCUCGCUGUGGCCGCUCAGCGUUUUGAAGUAGAUCACUGGAAUGCUAUGGCCCCUACUGCAGCCCCCCCGACGGUUGUGGCUCUCACGAAUCAAGCACCCCCGAGCCGUCCUUGCUGGAGCGUAGGAUCCGUUGAACCUACUCUGAAACCUGUAUGGAUCGACCCGUCACCGAAAAACACUCCGUCUCCUGCUUGGAACUCGCCUAGUGCAAAUCCGAGCUCGCUGGGGAUCCCUGCGUGGGAUCAGGGACGCAGUUCCCCCGCAGUUGAGCCUGUGUGGGACAACGUCUCUCCAGUCAGACCGGCUGUGUCUGGUUCGCCCGCCGCCAAGCCCGCCUGGGACUGCAACUCCCCCGCCAAACCGAGCUCCCCCUUUGCCUCACCUGUCUGGGGCUCCAUCCACGGAUCUAUCAAUGCGGGCUCUAUACAUGUUUACAACUCGCCCGCCACCAAGCCCGCCUGGGAAUCCAGCUCCGCCGUCAAACCGAGCUCUCACCCUGCCUCACCUGCCUGGGGUUCCAUUCGCGGAUCUAGCAAUGCGGGCUCCGUACAUGCUUGUAACUCGCCCGCCUGGGACACCAGCUCCCACGCCAAACCGAGCUCCCCCUUUGCCUCACCUGCCUGCUCCAUUCGCGGAUCUGACAAUGCGGGCUCUGUACAUGCUUGUAACUCGCCCUCCACCAAGCCCGCCUGGGACACCAGCUCCACCGCCAAACCGAGCUCCCCCUUUGCCCCACCUGCCUGGGGUUCUAUUCGCGGAUCUAGCAAUGCUGGCUCUGUACAUGCUUGGAACUCGCCUGCCGCAACCAACAACUCUCCCUCCAUUCGUGGUGCCUGGGACAAUGCCGUGAUCUCUCCCGUUCGCUUCAGAAAUGGCAGUUAUUGCGAUGGAAACGCCGGAGAGGCUGGAAAAGAUGCGGUUGGAGCUGAUGGAGGCGAAGCUGACAAGUGGGAUGCUAACAAGUAUCGGGUCGACUCAUGGUAA